AGUCACUGUCUGAUUUUUUUUUUUUAUGGUGUGGUACUCACUCUUGAGUGUCUUGUAGGAAAACUAAUCAGACAGAUGACUGCAAAAUAGUUGCAUUAGAAAAAGACUCAACAAACUGCUGGAUGCCAUGAACUAAAUGUUGUCUGUUAUUAAACACGGUUUUUAAAAAUGAAGUUGUAAUGACACUGACUCAGGGCUUUUGCAAUAGUAUAUCAUUGCUUAACCUUCUCAGAGCUCAAGGUACAGUAGGUCUGUCUUGAAAGGUUUAUACAUUAACAUUAAAAAAUCUAUUUCUCUAAAGAGAAAAUUAAUGGGAUUUUUUACUUUCGAAGACGUAAUGUUGUGGCAAGUGGUGUCUUCCGGGGUUGUGACUUAUGUACAGGUUUUCACUGAUAUCUCUUUGGACCUUGAAUCACCCAUGUACUCUCCUUACCAUAUUAACAGCAGAUUAAGGUUGCAGCUAAAUGCAAACAACCAGGAAUUAUCAGUUGGUACUGCGAAUACUCUGGCCUCAAUAGGCCAUUCAUUUGCCUUUACCAAAUGAUUGAAAGUGCUAAAUAUUCCUUGUCUGACCCACAUUUGUUUUGCUGUGAAGUAUUUAUAUUAUAAGUUAGCCCCGCAGAGCAUUGUUUUUUGUUGGUCCUGUGACAUUAAGGACACUACCGUGGUCUCCAUAUCUUUAGGGGCUGCAGUGUAUCCAGCAGCUGUGACGUCCUCUGUCAUUAUGACCAGAAGUCUGGGACAAACAUGAUUGGUUAAUUAUAUCCGAAGGGAAAAUAAGAGCCUUUCAGUCAUUUGUCUUUCUGUUAUAGAGGACACAACACUGCAUUACAAUCGUGCAUUCAGAUUUCUGUUUAUCACGCUUCAUACUCAGCAGUGACAAACGUGUUCAGGGAUUUCUUACUUUCUGUUCUCUUCAUUAGAGGAUGGUUGUCAAGAGUGUUGUUGUCCCAGUCUCUGAUUGAGUUCAGUUAAAGGCUCAUGGUUUUACUCUUUUGCUCUUUGACUCACUUUGAGCUGAUCUGUUUAGCUGUUAGAGGUUUACUCUGUUUGUUCUCCUAACAGGUUGACUUCCCUUUUUUCUACUCGCACACAUUUGAAUGCUUGGAUUUGACACGUAUGACUGCUUCUGCAAAAGCAAAACAUUUUGAUUAACUAAUGUACGUUAGCAUUUUAAAGGCUGAGUCACUAUCGAGGAGUGGGAAGAUCUAGAGAGAGAGAGGGAGACAGCAUCACGGAGAGCACAAGAGAGAAAAGCAACGGAAGGAGGGGAAAACCGCUACACAACGCCUUUGAGAGCGAAGCGAGAGAGGCAGCCAGCGAGAACGACGUAAAGAGAGAGACAGAGCGCAGCAGUGAGGGAGGGAGAGAGACGCUGAGGCUGGGAGAGCUGACCCCCCCCUCCCCUCUCCUCUCCUGUCCUCUCCUCUCCUCCUUCCCCCCCCUCCUCACUCCUUCAGGAGCUGGUGUGUAGGAGCGGCGAGUACAGUGUGAUUGAGGCAACAUGAGCGAUGUCACCAUCGUUAAGGAAGGCUGGGUCCAGAAGAGAGGUGAAUAUAUUAAGAAUUGGAGACCUCGCUACUUCCUGCUAAAAACCGAUGGGUCCUUUAUUGGAUACAAGGAGAAGCCACAGGAUGCAGAUCUUCCCUACCCUCUCAAUAACUUCUCUGUUGCAAAAUGCCAGCUGAUGAAAACAGAACGACCAAAGCCGAACACUUUUAUUAUUAGAUGUCUACAAUGGACUACAGUCAUAGAGAGGACCUUCCAUGUGGACACGCCAGAGGAGAGGGAUGAGUGGGCAGAGGCGAUCCAGAUGGUGGCAGAUAAACUCCAAAGACAGGAAGAGGAACGUAUCCAGUGUAGUCCCACCUCACAGAUAGACAACAUGGGAGAGGAGGAGAUGGACACGUCUAUCAGCCACCAUAAACGCAAGACAAUGAAUGACUUUGACUACUUAAAAUUAUUGGGAAAAGGCACUUUUGGAAAAGUCAUUCUCGUAAGGGAGAAGGCCAGCGGGAAAUAUUAUGCAAUGAAAAUUUUAAAGAAAGAGGUUAUUAUAGCAAAGGAUGAAGUGGCCCACACGCUCACAGAAAGCAGAGUGCUAAAAAACACGAGACAUCCUUUUUUAACCUCUUUGAAGUACUCGUUCCAAACAAAAGACCGCCUAUGCUUCGUGAUGGAGUAUGUCAAUGGAGGAGAGCUGUUUUUCCAUUUGUCGAGAGAACGGGUGUUCUCCGAGGACCGCACGCGCUUCUACGGCGCCGAGAUCGUUUCCGCCCUCGACUACCUGCACUCUGCCAAGAUUGUGUACCGGGAUCUCAAGCUGGAGAACUUAAUGCUUGAUAAAGAUGGUCACAUCAAAAUUACAGACUUUGGCCUCUGCAAGGAAGGAAUCACCGAUGCUGCUACCAUGAAGACCUUCUGUGGGACGCCAGAGUAUCUGGCACCAGAGGUGCUGGAGGACAAUGAUUACGGCCGUGCGGUGGACUGGUGGGGUCUUGGUGUGGUCAUGUAUGAGAUGAUGUGUGGCCGACUGCCUUUCUACAAUCAGGACCAUGAGAAGCUCUUUGAGCUCAUUCUAAUGGAGGACAUCAAGUUCCCCAGGACGCUUUCUGCUGAUGCCAAGUCUCUUCUGUCAGGUCUGCUCAUCAAAGAUCCCAAUAAGAGACUCGGUGGAGGUCCGGAUGAUGCUAAGGAAAUUAUGCGACAUAGUUUCUUUGCUGGAAUUGACUGGCAGGAUGUCUAUGAUAAAAAGCUGAUACCUCCCUUCAAGCCUCAGGUGUCGUCAGAGACAGAUACCAGAUAUUUCGAUGAAGAGUUCACAGCUCAGACGAUUACAAUAACCCCUCCUGAAAAAUUUGACGAAGAUGGGAUGGAUUGCAUGGACAACGAGCGACGGCCACACUUCCCCCAGUUCUCCUACUCCGCCAGCGGGAGAGAGUGAGCGCCACGCAGCCGACACUGCCUCAUCCUCAUCAAGGUCACCACUGGAACAAAUUAAGUCUUCAGCUUCUAACAGCCCCGGCCCUAUUGACCCUCCAUCGUCCAUCUUGGUUCUGUCAUUUGUUUAGCUAGACCAAGGGAAACUUCUGAUUUAGGGUGAUGGGAAUUUGCACGUGGGGUCGGACCGAGGUCCAGCCCGCUCAAACGUCCUCACAGCUCCAGCCCAAAGGUUGGGUCGAGAUGGGAGAACUUUUGCUGGUUGUUAGGAGUUUUGUAUUUAUUAUGUUUCUCUUUUUGGUUUGAGAUGUUGCUUCACAUUCCUUAUUCAAUGGGAACUGAUAUCAAGACACAUCCAUUCAGUUCAGACGAAAAACGUAUAACUGCAUGGCUAGAGAUUCACAUGGGUUUUACGAUUCCAAUCUCUCGGGUACAUGUAGUAUAACUACACGAAAUCGCUCCAGUCUCAGCUUUUUAAGGCUCACCUUCUGUUAUAUAAACUUAAAACUGCCAUAAACGGUUUACUCAGGCUUCACAGAGGACAUCUGUGUUCAACUCAUCAGUCAUCAGGACUAGCUUUACCCCUCAUCAUUCCACAACACAGUAUUCCUUCAUAUGAAGCCCUGUGAACCUGAGCUAUGCAGUGCUAAACCGUCACUAAAACUACCCGUUAGAAAAGGUUACUCAGAUUAAUUCGACCGUAAAUGUAUUCACGGAAGGCUUUAUUUCUUGCAUAUCACUCCUUAAGAAAAACGUUCUCAGUGUUUUAUAGAAAAGAUGGCACGUUUAACUGAAGUGGAAUGUUUUAUGCAGUGAUAAAUGGCUGUGAUGUAGUUUCAUAUGAUGAUCAGAAUGAAUUCCCCCAGACUUUUUGUGAGAAACCCUUUCCACUCAACGCUCAAUAGUGCAAUCACAGUAUAACAAAACAAAACAAAACAAAACAAAACAAAACAAAAAAAAGCCAGCAUUAUUUCUAUUAUAUUUGUUUUAUAAUAAGAAAAAAAAGUGAUUAAAAAAUAUAUAUAUAUUUAAGCAAAUUUAAUUUAUUCUUUUCUGUUUGUUUGUUUGUCCUCUCGUUUAUUAAGAGUGCUUUCGAAGUCUCCUUUUUUGAAUAAAACAAAUGCACCUAAAAAGGCUUACGAAUGUAGACGGGUCAAUGCAAAGGCCUUCAUUUGUUUUCUAUUUUGUUUUCUCUUAACUGUUUUUUUUUUUUUUUUUUCACACACCAGUGUAGUGUUGGAGUUUCAUUUUCCUCCUCAACAUUGUGAGCAGACUGAGUGAUGUUGAAAUGUGUUGCUUGUCUUUCCACCAAUGAAAGGGCUGUAAAAGACCAUACUGAUUCAUUCAGCUGUCCUCUGGCAGUAGGUUACUGUACGUGAAAGUCUGUAACAGAGAAGGACACGUGCUCCAUUGUGCUUAGCGUUAGCUGUUAAUGAGCAUUUAAACACAACACUGCACAUUCUCGUUGUUGCUUCAAGGCAGGAGACUGAAAAUUAAGGAAUCAUUUUGUUUAAUUGUAGGUAUAGAUAAAUUAAAUGCUAUUUUGAGCGUUGACGUGCUUCGCUACAUCUAAUAUCAUGUUCACAUUCCUUCCUAAAAUAUUAUUGUACACAAAUCAAAUCCUUCCAUCAUGGACCCAUACGCCAAUCAGAUAUUAGCUUUAAAAUUCUUCAGUAAACAUUAAGCAUUUUUAUGGCUUUUCACACUGCACUUAACCCCGGGUUAUCGUCGUUCUAAACACCGCUUUUAACCCCGGGUAAAGGAGCGUUUCACACUAGCAGCGCUUUUUACCCGGGGUUAUGAUACCCUGCUCCAGAGCAUAGUUAGCACAUUUUUUUGUGUUAACCCCAACCUUUACAGUGUGAAAUGAUGUGGUGUUAGAAUGUUACAACUAGAUGCUUAGCAACCGACAACCAAUCGCGUGCCUUAAAUGCACGCGCUUUGGGCAGAGACGGAAACACCGCACAAUAUAAAUGAUACAAUAUAUAUAUAUGAUGGGAAAAAUGUCAAACGGCGAUGGAAAACGCAACAAUUGGAGUGAAGAAAAGACCGUUUCAUUCUUACCUUUAUAGUUCGAAAAGUUGACUCAGAAAAACUUAAUAUUACAGUCAGCAAUGUGUAAUAUGAGGACACGCAAUGCUAGACAGGGUUGCCAGGUUUUCACAACAAAACCCGCCCAAUAGCUCCUCAAAACUAGCCCAAUGACAUUUCAGGGGGGUCCAUGAUAAAAUCACAUUCCAGGGGGGGAAAUUCGCGUUUUUGGUGGGGCUCCCCUGGUAAAAUUUGCAUUCCAGGAACUAAAUAUCACGUUAUUUUGGGUUAAUUCAACCUGCGGACAUAAAAAAACAACCCGCGGCAACAGUGUAAAAGUUGCCCAAUUCUGCGGGAAAACUGGCAACUUGGCAACACUGAUGCUAGAGUCUUUAUCAAAGACUAUAGAAUAACACAAGACGUGUCACUCGUAUUGUUUUGAAUGGGAGAAAGUGUAACGCGCCAUAUGGCGGAAUAACUCCCGCCUUCUA